AUGGGAAAUAUUUUCCAAUGGCUGGAGCCUGAAUACAAGCUGCUCCCAGGUUAUGACAAGGUUCAGUUCCUGAGAACUGUUCGCAACCCAAACCUGUUCAUAAGCAGAAAUGAAGAAAAACAGUGUGUGGGAGAUGAUCGCAGGAACAGCUGUGAUGGGAGAGCGAGCAGGGCUUCUCUGGUUGGCAAAUCCAUUAAGUACCAAGCAGUUCUUGACAACUCUGUUAGGUCCUCUGACCAAAUCCUCACAGUCACUAUUGAGUCAGUGGUACUUGGGGAUGUUUUUCUGAUCUCCUUGUUGGCUAACGUAUGCAUGAUUGUGCUGAUCAUAAAGGGCAAGAGGCUCGCCAAUUUUCAGUGCUUUGUGCUAAACCUCUUCUUGGCAGAUAUUGUGUUUGUGGGGGUCAUUCCAUUCAUCUUCACUGUUCGCUGGACUGAAUCCUGGACCCUUGGACCAUAUGUGUGUCAUAUUCUGUUCUACGUCAUGGCCACAAGUGCUGGUGUGACCAUCAUUACCUUAGCUGCUAUUAGCGUUGAGAGAUCCAUCAGCAUUCUGAAUCUACGCUUAAAAUCUUCUCUGCAUCUCAAGUCGGAAUAUCAGAUUUGCACACUGGUGUGGCCAAAUAUGGUGCAAGAGAUCAUUUGGGAUGUGUUCUACAGCCUGGUUGAUUUUGUUGUUCCAGGAUUAAUCAUUGUCAUCAGUUACACAAAAAUAUUAAAGAUCACCAAAGCUGCCAGGAGAAGAUUGCAAGCCAACAGGCCGUGUCCAGCUUACCAACAGCAGAUUCGAGUUUCCAAACAGGAUUAUUGGCUCUUCCGGACUCUCCUGGUACUCAUGAUCUCCUUCUUUAUCAUGUGGACUCCCAUUGUUCUUAUUAUCUUUUUGAUUCUAGCACAGAACUUUAAGAGGGACUUGUUACUUUCCUCCACCUGGUUUUUCUGGGUCUGUACAUUUACAUUCACCAACUCAGCUGUGAAUCCCAUUUUGUAUGGUGCCAGUCAAUUCAAGGCCAAAUGGCCACAUGUGCUUCAUUUCUUCCACUUACCCCAUUUUAUAAACCAUAGAAGCUUGGCUACAGGACAUGCAUUAAGGAAAGUCAGAACUCAAGAUCAACAGACACCACCUUCUAUUAUUUGUGACUAA